CUGCGGUACAAGCUUGACUUGAGUCUGAUGGUCGAGGACGACGAUGAGUUUUACGACGACGACUCUGACUAGGGUGCAUAAGCAUAGUCUGUAUACAAGUUAUCAAGGCCUCACCACCACAGUGCAUCGUAUAUCCAUCGUGUAUAAGCCCUCAUCUCGGUAUUCAUUUCCCCGGCUCCGCUGAUCUGCUUCAUCAAGUAUCCACCAGUUCAACGUCGACAGAUUCCUUUCAUCUCUGUAGCUAUCACGCAUUGAUACAGCCAUGUCACCUCGCAAGUACGCAGACCUCAUCACAGUCAUCCGCAAUGAAGGCGACUUUGCCUCCUACGCGGUCGCUGCAAGGGUAUGCUUCCGCUAGCUUCACCAAUACAGCACAUGAACUCACAGAACAGGACUUUCACGCAGGCGAACGUAUCGUGACAUUGGAAGGCACUACACCGGCCAAAAAGGCGUAUACUUCCGUUCAGCGUGGUCGAGAGGAGCACUUUGAGCUCAAUAGUGAUUUUGUCUUUAUGAACCACAGCUGUGACCCAAACUGCAUUCUCAAUGUUGAGAACGCGGAGGCCAUGUUCUUCGAGGCACGUCGAGAUAUUGUAAAAGGCGAAGCACUGGGCUUCUUCUAUCCAAGUACAGAGUAUGACAUGGGCCAACCUUUUGCAUGUGGAUGCAAGGCCAAGAAUUGUGUAGGACAGAUCUCUGGCGCUAAAGCAUUGUCUCUGGAAGAACUUCGCAAGCAUGGCUACAUCAACAAGCAUAUUGUCGAGAUGAAGGACGCAGAAAAGGCAUGAAUGAUGAUAGCCUCUCAAGAAUAGACUAGACAGAAGCAUCCUUUGAAACGAUAUCAUCCCCUACUGCAGCUGCUUCAGACUCCCCAUUCUUUUUGCUGAGGAUCUUGAUGGCCGCUGGAAGGGUCUCACCAGUCGCACGCGCAUAAAUCGUUUCCUUUUCCUUGCGAGCCAACAUCAUCUGCAGGGUCACUCUGCUCUUCCACAAAGGUAGC